AUCGCAGCCUGGCUACACCAGCGAGAUGAUGAGACACUCGAACAUUCAACUCUCUUCAUUAUCUAAUCUUGUUCGUCACUAUCGACGGGGAUUAUAUCCAGCUCUGUUAGCCAUACUAUGUUUAUUGAUUUUUGGAAGUGUGCUCAAUCGAAGGCAAGGCUAUCUGCAGUAUUUUUCUUCUGGUUCAUCGCCUGACCUAGAACAAUCAAGAUCUACUGUUAUACGGCCUGGAGAACUAUCAAGCAGCGGGUCGCGAGAACUACGACCACUAGAUGAUCAAACGCCAUUUGCUCAUGAGCCGAUCGGGCUUGGAACUCUACGUGAUGAAAAGUUCUAUCGCGGCGGGACUUUGUCACUUUCAAAUGGAAGUGGUCAUCCUAACCCCCCAACAGCCGUAGUCUAUGAUCCUUAUCCCGACUACAACAGCGACCAGUGGCGAAAGGAGUUUACCGGCAAUUUUAUUGCUUGUGACGGCCCACGAGGAAGGCCAUUAAGUCGCUCAAAUAUUCAAGAUAUGGUCUCCGUCUAUCCAGGAGUUCCUCCAGGCUUUCCCUUGCCCUUGCUUGGAUCGUAUACGGAAACAGGUAUUGAUGCAUAUACUUGUAACAAUCGCUUCUCUCGACUGGGCGUGUAUGGCUACAGUGACGAUAAUCCUCCACUCAUCGAUUUACAUGAAACCAACUGGGGAGCACUUCAGUUACAAUGCGUUGAAAAAAAUGCUGCAAGAUACUCGAGAAGGCAGACUGACUCGCCUCCGAUCAAAUCCACUCUUCCAGUCCACCCUCCUCUUUCUUCAAAGAAGCUCCCUCGCGAUCGACUGGGCUCUGCUUCUCGUAACUUGAAGCACAAAUCAAGAUCGGCUGUCAUCCUACGUGCGUGGCAUGACAUGGAAUGGACCGAGAACCUCAAGCAGUUUGUGCGAUCUCUUAUCAUGGAGCUGUCGUUACAUUCCGGCGGUGAGUAUGAGGUCUUCAUCUUGUGUCAUGUCAAAGACAAGGAUAUCCCAGUCUAUACAGACGAUAAUGAGGUCAUGAAAUCCCUCAAGUCUCGCUUUGUGCCACGCGAGUUUCUGGACAUGACAGUGCUCUUCAACGAUCAAACCUUGAAGACUUGGUAUCCCAAAGUCGAUGAACACAGCACCAAUUAUCAGUACUGGCAACCGGUUCAGAUAUUCUCACAAUCGUUUCAGGGAUUUGAAUACUACUGGCAAUUGGAAAUGGAUGCCAGAUUUACGGGGCACAGCUAUCAUUUCCUUGAACAGUCCGUGAACUUUGCAAAGAGGCAACCGCGGAAAUAUCUUUGGGAGCGCAACGCUUACUUCUACAUUCCGGGGACACAUGGGAGCUGGCAGGAUUUUGUUCGGACGGUUGAUUCCUCCAUGAAGGGCCGAAGUAGUGUUUGGGGGCCCCAAGGCAUCUCAGAAAUAACGCCAGUAGGCCCUAAGCCGGCUGUGUCAUUCCCUGAAGACGACAAUUACGAAUGGGGUGUAGGGGAAGAAGCAGAUCUCAUCACCUUCAUGCCAAUCUUCGACCCCGUUGACACAAAGUGGGUAUUCUCAAACAACCUCUGGGGCGUCUCAGAAAAUGCGCCACGCCGGGCAUCCCCCGUUGCAAUGGGGCGCAUAUCAAAGUCUCUGGCGCAACAAAUGCAUGAUGUGGAAACCGAACGAGGGAUAGGACUUGUUUCUGAGAUGACGGCUCCUUCGCUUGCCCUCUGGCAUGGGCUCAAAGCCGUCCAUGUGCCACAUCCUAUCUACGCUGACGGGAAAUGGACAGCCAAGGAGCUUGGGCGCAUCUUAAACCCUGGUGAGCCCCACAAAAUCAAUGGGGGAAGCGAUAGUAUUUGGAACUGGGAUCACCGAUGGGACCACAUCCUCUACCGAUUGACCUAUAUGUUCUCUACCCAAACCGCAGAAGACCUUUAUCGGAGAUGGCUGGGCUACCCAAUUGACCCAAAUCAAUUUACCGACGGCAGUUAUCACCAGGAUCCACAGGGUCGAAAUUGGUUCGAGAGCGGCGACUUGCGAGAGGACUUAUACGGACCACUCUGCUUUCCAUCUAUGUUACUACAUACCGUCAAGAACACCGCUGAGAAGAAAGGCAGCGGCAUGGCAGUUCCUGUUUGA